UUUCUAUGUAACGUCCCAAGGAAGAGCAACUGUUACUGGUUGUGGCUGCAAGCCAUGGGUGCUUGUAUGAGCGACGUGUCGGAGGAAGAACAGCCUCGAAUAGCAGAUUACCAACACUGUAACUUGACUACAGUUCCAGUUGAGGAAUUGUACGGAUUAGAAAACAGUCUGCACGCGUUAUUGUUGGACAGCAACGCGCUUAAACAGUUGCCCAAGACACUAUUCAAUUUUACAUCGCUAUCACGAGUCGGCGUUGCUGACAACGAGAUAGAGUCGCUCUCACCGAACAUUGGGAAUCUGACCGAGUUAGAGGAACUUGACGUCAGUAGGAACAACAUUCCAGACGUACCUGAUGAGAUCAAGAACUGCAGCAAGUUGAGGAAGAUCGAUGUUAGCGUCAAUCCUAUUGGACGGUUACCAGAUGGAUUCACUUCCCUUGUCAAUUUGACAGAGGUUUAUCUCAAUGAUGCUUUCUUGGAAUUUUUGCCAGACAACAUUGGAAGGUUAUGUCGAGUAGAAGUGUUGGAACUGAGAGAAAACCAACUGGCAGUGCUACCAGAAUCACUAACACACAUGGGACGUCUAAGACGCCUUGAUUUGGGAAAUAAUCAUUUUGAACAGUUGCCUUCGGUUGUGGGAAAUUUGAUGACAUUGAGAGAGUUAUGGGCAGAUGCAAAUGCCUUGCAAAGUAUUCCAAAUGAAAUCUGCUUUCUAAGACGACUUUUCUUCUUGGACUUGUCACAGAAUAUUUUAGAGAGCUUACCCAGAGAUAUUCAUAGGCUGGAGAGUCUUGAGGACUUACAUCUCAAUGAGAACCAACUGAAAGAAUUGCCAGAGAGCUUUGGUUUGUUUCAAAAACUUACUGUUCUAAAAUUAGAUGAAAACGAGUUGGUGUCUUUACCUCAAAGUCUGGGAAAUGUAUCAAGUCUCACUGAACUGUCAAUUUCCAAGAACAAGCUGCAGCAACUUCCUUCGUCAGUUGGAUGUCUUCAUAAUCUGCGGACACUCAUUGCUGAUGACAACGAGUUGUACAGUUUGCCGCUAGAGAUGGGAAGCUGCCAAAAGCUUGGUGUACUGUCACUACGAAACAACCAACUACAACGUCUUCCACAAGACAUUGGACGACUUCAUAGUCUUGUUGUUUUGUCUCUAAUUGGCAAUAGACUUGAAUGUCUUCCAUACUCUCUCAUGUCGUUGAACAGACUGUCAGCACUUUGGCUGUCAGAAAAUCAGGCCAAACCCCUCAUUCCUCUUCAGACUGACUUUGAUCAGUAUGAAGGCCAUAAAAUUCUCACUUGCUACAUGUUUCCUCAGACUGGACGGGAACAACAUGAAGAAACGGAAGCUGUUCAUUCUUUGACACCUCAGAUGACUGAUCAAGAGUGGACUAAUCGGCGUCACAGUGCCAUUGUGUUUAGUGUUGAUGAUGAAUAUGAGAAGACACCAAGUGGUCGAAUUUAUCCUAAAGAUGGUAUUGAGCGGCAUCAUCAUCAUUCUAGGUCUCCAAGAACAAACAGACAGUUAUCGCCAUUGGGAAGACAUUCUCCUGAAAGAAUGAACAAGCAGCAGGAGAUGGACAUGACUUCUUCUUAUACUACAGACAGCUCUCUUCGUCCUACGAGCUAUCUGCUAGGUGUUAAUUCUGGUGAUAACGGGCGUGGUGGUGGUGAUGUUUCAUCUCAUCUUACCACUCUUCAUGAAGAGAGACUGAGAGUAAACAAUGAGGAAGAGAAAAUGAAGCAAACACAGUCAUUGGAACGUCUUGCUGGGAAUGUUGUUAGUUAUUACAAUGGAGAUGUAGAGAAAAAACCACGAUAUCGAAUGGCUAGUGACUCCAUGACAAAGAGAAUUGUUCCAGUGAUCCGCCCUCUGUGGCCAGAGGAAGUUCGAGAUAUCCAAAUGAAAGAAAAGCCUUUAGGUACCCCUUCACAUAUACAAGACGAGAUUAGGGGAAGACCUAUGGAGAUUGGACCACAAAGAACAGUAGAGAUGCCUUCUAGAAUGGUUGAAAUGGCUUCUCGUAGACCUGGAGAAAUGAGACCGAGACCAAUAGAAGUAGGGCCACCUAGGCCGAUAGAGAUGGGACCAUCUCGAAUAAGAAUGGAUAGAGAGCGUUCUCCUGGUUGGUGGAGCUCCAAGUCUUUAACUGAUGGCGAGGAAGAGUUACACAGUGCACACCCGUUCUUCAACAAUAUGAGCCAGAUAACAACUUCUCGACCUGUAUUUCGGCUAGGCUCUACAGACAUGCAUCGUCUUAUAAAUGGCAGUGUACGGGAUGACUCUGGUCAUGGCACUAUAGACACAGAGGAGGUUGAUUAUUUGUCUGCUAGAGAUAAUCGAAGACCUGUGAGGCAAUAUUCUUCUCCCGAACGCUUACCACCUGUACGUGCAUCUCCAGUGUCUUCUGUAACUUCUCCUCCCUUACGCUCCCCACCUAUAACUUCUCCUCCCUUACGCUCUUCACCUGUACGCACUGCUCCGAAUUUGCCAUCAUCUCGUCAUUUUCAGCAAGACACUUUUCAUGUCGAGAUUGUGAGGGAUCCUCGACUAGGAUUUAGUGUUGCUGGUGGGUAUGACAGCAUGGGAAACCCAAAUCAUCCAGCAGACCCAGGGAUAUUUAUAACUCGCCUUGUUGAAGAUGGACCAGCAGCCAAGACUGGUUUGCUGUUGCCUGGAGACAAGUUGCUUGAGGUCAAUGGCCAGUCACUGCUUAAAGUGAGUCAUAAUGAAGCGACCGAAAUUCUGAGGAAGUCAGGAGUUGUUGUGUCACUAAUUGUUCAGAGACUUGAUGUCAGUGAUGAGACAAGAGGCAGUCUCCUCUAGCUCUAGGUGUGUCUUUGAACGCCAACCCAUCUCCACAUGCACAAUCCCCGUACAACAUUCAACAUGGUAGAGAAGCAGUAUAAUUUGAUACAGUGAUCAUAUCAAAUGUAGAAAAUGUAUCUAUUGAUCAUUGUCUAGUGAAAUGUUCUAAAGUGUAUAGACACUGAUUAAGUUAAGUAGUGUAGUGUCAACUUUUAUCAUGUUUUUUGAUUGACAACUUGGGAAAGGAUUUGCUUGGCUCUAUCUGUUGACCAGCCAUGCAGUUUUAGUGGACCUUCUGUAACAAAAAUAUAUGUUGUCAGGAAAUGGUGA